CACAGAAGAGGCUGAUUCAAAAAUGUAUGGUAGUCUGGCAGAUGAUCCAAGCAGUGCAUGAAAGUAGUUAGUUCUUUGUUGUUCUAUUCGUGUGGCCGAGGCUGCGCCAGUCUGCUGUUGACGGACACUGUUGGCACUCCUGGAGAAGUACUCGUCGUGUUGGCGAAAUGGCCGCAGUGGACCAAGAAGAUUCACCGUGUUUGGUUGUUGUUGGUGUGUUUGAAGGUCGUAACUUUCCGCGCCGUCCUCAGCACCGCCUGGUCGUCGAAGCACAGUUUCACGGCGAGCGUUUGUCCAGCGAAGGAGUAUGGCACGAACCGAAGCCGCAGUUCUACACGGAGCUGGCCUGGGAGAUGACACGCCGCAGCUUACAUCAGCACAAGUUGAAACGCACACCGGUGAAGCUGGCUUGUUUUGCCGUUGACACGCUGAGCAAUCGCCGCGAAGCCAUCGGUUACUUUAUGCUGGACCUACGUACAGUGCAAACUAGUGUGUCGACGGAGGCGCGUUGGCACACGCUACAGAGCUGCAAGUACGCGCAGAGCAAGGCACAGCUGCGUGUCGUGAUGGACUUGGAGGUGGACGGGCAACGGGCACACCACGCUACCGUACACGAGCAUGCAGCCGCAGCACACAACAGACCAGGUGCUGCAGGCGCUGGGAAGAAGACACGUGGAAGUGGCCAGCAGCGUAGCGCUACUGCUGCUGGUGUUGCUGGAAAGAAAACCAAUCGUCGCUUAUUAGGCGGUGAAACAUCAACCGCCGCUGGUCAUAGUAGGCAUGCGGCUGACGGUGCAACAACGGCUGCGUUUGAUCCUAGUGCUGGUCUUCCUCUAGCGCGAUCACCAGCCACCCUAACUUCCGUGCUGGACGAGGAGGAAGGCUGUUUUGUGAUACCGCCGUUGUUCGAACAUGAGAACGUUGAGUUGUUCUUGCUCUCUCUCACCAUCACAUCGGGCAGUAAUCUUGCCCAGCUUGUGCCACAUGCUCAGUCUGGCGUACCAUCCUAUCACUUCUACUUUUCACUGCUAGGCAAUGACAUAACGAUGGAAACGUUUUCUAGCCUCGUCCGGUUUGAUUUCAAGGCAGAGAAGGCGACGGUCAGGCUAAAAAGUUCUUUUGAGACUCUCGCAGUGUAUCUAUCGGCACAGAAACCUGUCAUGAUCCACCUGUGCUGUGGCAAGCAGUCUCUGGGCUGUGCUGUGAUAGAGCUUGCACCACUGCUCAACUACGACUCUGCCGCGCUUAAUGCGCGCGGCAUGGCACUCAGCCAGUCUUGCAUACUGCAUAGCUUGGAUCAGACCGUCACGUCCUUGACUGACGAAGAGAAGCCGGCCAUCGAUGUCACUCUGUCGCUAUCACCAGAGAAUGAUCCCCUACCCAGUACACAGCAGGCAAUCAGUCGUCCACGUCUCUCCUCCGACAGCUAUACACCGGGCAGCACAGCAUCACUGAUAGCAUCAGCACCAGCAUCAUCGUCAGCAGCAGGAGCAGCAGUAGCAUCUCAACCCAGAGAACAAGAACAGGCUGAACAGCAACAGCAAUGGCAGCGUCAGUUAUCAGAGCAUGGUGGUGGUGAUAACGAAGCAACGCUCCCACCGCCGGCCGCAAGCGACGGAAUGGCACAGCUGGCAAGGAGUCCACCGCGGUCAGCAGCUGGCACGCUGACGGCAGAGGAAGCAGCGCCAGUAGCUAUUAGCAGUGGCGGUGGAGGCGCUGCCGUUGCUACGACCACAUCCAUACCUAAUCCAGCUUCCGGUGGUGAUGACGGCCAUGAUUCCACGAUGAUGUCCGGAAGGAGCGACCUCUCCUCAGUGUCUCAAUCUUCUUUCUCAUCUCAGACUUCAUCGCAGCCUGAUGUGAAUGGCCCUGCUCCUGCUGCUGCUACUUCUGGUGCAGCAAUGAGCCAUACUGUGCAGUCUACAUCUGCAAGGACCACUGGAGCCAUCCACAGUCAGCCGGCAGCACACCACUCUGGUGUUCUUGCACCAUCACAGCAAGCAGCACAUGACGCAGUUUCCGAUGCACUCCAUCCUGUAGCCGCACGGUCAACAUCCCCGACAUCGCCACCUCCUGCUCCGGUGCGUGCUGCCGCAUUCUCCAGCUCUGUGGCCCCGACCACUUCACCGCUGUCGGCGUUUCGCGUUCAGCCCACCACUCAAGGAACGGCGAGCUCUGCUGCGGGAACAACAGCCCAGCCCGCUGCACAGCAGCCUGUAGCCGUGGCAACCCACAGAGCAGGUCAUACAGCCGCGGUAGCACAAGCAUCAGCUCAGUCUCACUUGUCAACAUCUGAUCAGCACAGGCAUCCUCAGCAGCACCGUCCCUAUCAACAGCAACAGCAGCAGCAGCAACAGUACACACAUGAUCACCAUCAUCUGAGCUACCAGCACAGCUCGGCAGGUAUUCCUGCACCUAAUGCUGCUCUUGGCACAGUGCAUUCCACAAUGACAUCAGCGAGUGAUGCCGAUGACAUCAUGCAAUGGCUGGCUGACCAGCGGCCGCAUCACUUCACCGUGGCUAUAGACCUACGCAGUGUGAAGGAUGUGUCUUUACCGCACAUCACAAGUCCAGCAUUACAACUUAGAUACUGCAACCCGUUCUUCAGCAGUACAUCACCCAUCACCACUGAUCCUCCGCUGGUCAUCGCCAGCUCACCAGCGGGGGUGCCCAGUGGCAGUGAAUACUUUCCACGCAAGUCCUUCUGCACGUUUGACUUUGCCGCUCUACCGUCACAGUUCAACACACAGUGCAGCAGUUCUCCUAUCCUGGUAGAGGCGUGGCAUUGUGUGGACGCCGUGGCAACUAAACUGCUGGGCACUACCCGACUGCACGUCAGAAACGUUCUGCAACAACCACAACAACCGGUUCAGUCUGGUGGACGUGUCGGGGGUUGGAGACGUGCCUAUACUUCAGACUAUGAUGUGCUUAGUUUAGACAGCCCAGCAGUACGUGUGUUCAGUCUCUGCGCCAGUGUGUCAGUGGAAGACCAUGGCCCAGUGCAUCUUGAGACAAGCAGUCGCAGUCCCGUCACCGCUGCUACACUGGGUGGCCAUGUCACACCGGCAACUGGCCGAGUAUCGCCCACACCUUCAACAGCUACUGUCGUGCUGUCUAGAGAGAAUGCUGCUCCUGGUGCUGGCGCUACUCAUCAUGCCACAUCACUGGAAGCAGCAGAAGAAGAGCAGUCACAGAAUCAGCCGUAUCACCAGCCGCUGUCACAUUUAUCCACCUCCAUCGCGCCCGACCAAGUAGCUGACCGGGACUCAGCUGCUUAUCAAGCUGCUCUCCAGCUGGAAUUGUGGAAAGCUGCGGAAGAGGAGAGGUUCCGUGAGACUCUGGAAGCUCGUAAGAAGCAACAGCUGCAACUUCUCGCCGAGGAAUGGAAGAGGAGAGAUCUGGAAAGGGAAAUGUCUGUCACUAAAAAG